AUGGAGAUCAGAGUGUUCUCUGAAUUGGUGAAUAAGAGUAGCGUGGCUGAGGAAUGUGUGAGAAAGGCGACAGCAGAGAAAGGAAGUUUGAGGGUGCCUUUUCAAAGAACUCCGGGGAGAAACUUUGCUCUGAGAGGAAAAAGGUUUGGAAAGCAGCCACAACAGGAUUUGAACUGUCAAAGGUGCGGGAAGUAUCAUUCUGGAGUUCCGUGCAGAUCAGAACUUGGAGUAUGCUAUUUUUGUGGACACCCCGACCACUUGGCCAGUAAUUGUCCGAAGAAGAAAAAGUAUGAGAUUGGUAGGACACAGCGGCCAGGAAGAGUGUACACAACUUCUGCAACAGGUGCUGAGGGAUCUGAGACACUGAUUAGAGGUAACUGUGAAAUUGCUGGUAAAAUCUUAAAUGCUUUAUUUGAUUCAAGAGCAACACAUUUAUUUAUUGCAUUUGAAAUGGCUAAUGAACUAGGAUUGAGAAUGGUGGUUUUAGGUUAUAAUUUGAAAGUGCAUAAUGCUACUCAUGAAGCUAUGGUGACUAGAUUAGGAUGUCCACAAGUUCCAUUUCGAGUACAACAACAUGAAUUUGUGCAUGAUUUGAUUUGUUUGCUGAUGACUGGUCUUGAUCUCAUUUUAGGAUUGGAUUGGUUAUCCAAGAAUCAUGUUUUGCUUGAUUGUUCUAAGAAGUCAGUACAGUUAAUGCCAGAAGGGUCGGAAGCGCCAGUUGUGGUGAAUAGUUACUAUUUAAACUCUAUGAUAGUAAAUUGUUCUGGAACUGAAUGUCAGGGUAUUAUGUUAUUAACUGCGGGAGUAUCAGGUGAUGAUCAGAGUUUAGAACAGAUUCCGGUUGUAUGUGAAUUUCCAGACAUGUUUCUGGAUGAUAUUAAUGAAUUUCCACCUGACCGGGAGGUUGAAUUCGCGAUUGAGUUGGUGCCUGGAGCCGGUGCGAUUUCGAUUACUCCUUACAGGAUGUCACCUUUAGAAAUAGCUAAACUGAAAGCUCAGCUAAAAGAUCUAUUGGGUAAGCAUUUUAUUCGACCAAUUGUUUCUCCGUGGGAGCGCCAGUGUUACUGGCAAAGAAGAAGGACGGGAGCAUGCACUUGUGUGUCGAUUAUCGGCAACUGA